AUGUUAGAUGCUCAAGAAAGCAAAAGUUUCACCACAACAAAUCUAUUCGAAGCCAUUGUUUCUAAAAGUUCAACCUAUAUAACGCCUACAAAAAGGGAUUAUGACAAAUGGGCUGUUACUUUAAAAUGUCAUCAAUUAAAGUCAUUAGGAAUUAAUAGUAGGAUUCUUAAAUAUCUUGAUGAGAAACAUGAGCGUUUACAAAGGGUUUCUGCACAAUACAAGAAACAUUUUUAUAAUGCUCUUGAAAUAAAAAAAAAGUAUCAUUAUAUAAUUGAAAGCAUUAAAAGAAAACAUAGACAAAAAAGCAUUUACUAUCGUCAAGAAAUUCAAAGGUUGACAGGAGAUGUUAGAGAUGCAAAAGAACCUAAAAAAAUUAAUCGCCAUAGCAACGAGUCAUCAGUUGUAACUACGCAAGUUGAACCAUCACCCACUAAUCAAUCAUCAUGCUCGUUGCUAGCCUCUGGAAAAUCUAAGGCCACAAAACUCACUAGUAAAAUUGAGCUACUUUUCUGCAACGGGGAUUCUUUACAAAAUACAUACAGCUUACCUCGUGAAAAUUCAAGUUGUUGUAAAACUAUUACAGACUGGACGCUUUUCCCUUCGCUUGAACGAACACAUUUGCUUCUUAUUUUUACUCUUUUACCAAAAAAAAAAGAAGCAAUACUCCAUACCUUUAUUGACAGAAAAAAAAAACAGACGUAUGCUCUUCACAAAUUAAAUUGCAUUAGUAACGUUAUUCCUCAACAUCCCUCAGCAAAGGCUCACAAACGGGAAGAUGAACCUUAUUUAACCUCAUUACAUUUGGACUCCGAUUUUUUAAAAAUGGGUCUUCCAACAACUGAUAUCACUUUUAAAAAAACUAUCAAGUUUCAAAAUAACAAAAUUCAUACGUGUUGUGUCAAUUCUCAAAAACAGUGUCACGGUAUUGUUCUUUCAUCUCAUUUCUGGGAUUGCUAUUUGACUCAACAAAUAGAAGAACAUCCAAAAUUAAGUAACGUAAUGACCCCAUUUUUUAACUCAAGUUUAUUGCUGGAAGAUUUAUCUGUAUCUGUUUCACGACUUUAUGAUUAUCAAAAAUUUUUUUCUUUAUUGAAAUCGGAACGAUGA